AGUGGUGAGUGGGACUGAGGGAGAUUCAGUUACUUUACCCUGUAUCUUCAGGAGCUGGGACUCCCACACUCUGACCACUGUUACCUGGAUGAGGAAGGAGCCCUACCAACACAUUGUUAUAUUUAAAGCCCAAUCCCAGGGAAAUUGGACAACUGUACACAGUGGAAAUCGGUACGAGCUCAUCGGGAACCCAGAGGAGGGAAACGCCUCGACCAGGAUAAACCAGCUGAGUGUGAGAGACAAUCACACUUACCUGUGUCAUGUAGAAUACAGGUCAAGACUCAACUCUCAGUAUCUGAUCCAGAAAGACACUCGGCUGCAGGUACAUGGGUUUUCACAGCAAAUCGAGCUGAUCACAUUUUCAAGGAGAAAUGAUCCAGGUUCAUCCAGCACUCCUGAGACUGCUCAGGCCCAACAGCCAUCUGAUCCAGGUAUUCUCCAGUCAUCAACUUGUUGAAAGACCUGUGAAAAGAGUCCCAGUCUGUGAGACAUAAAGAAAAGUCUCUGGAAAUCUGCAGAAGCUGCUUGCAUUGACCAGUGACUGUGGAAUUCAAGAAAGAUAUGCAGUCCUAUGUGCCUGUAAUAUAACCAGUCGUCCAAAGGUUUCAUGGAAGCAUUGAUUGUUAAAAUGGUUAUUGAGCUACAAAAUUGCGAUUCUUUUAUGUUUUAAUUUUUCCCUUACGUUUGUGCGGGAGUCUGUAUGACUAUGUAUGUGAUAUCUGAUUGCAUGUUUAUUAUCAAAGCAGCUUGCGCUACACGGUGCAUAUUAAUUACA